AUGGCCCAUAAAAGCCAAGUGGGUGGAAUUGAGAAGAAUGGGUCAUUUUCCUCCAUCCUGCAUUGUAAGAGUGAUUUAAAGGAAGGAUCCCUGCCAUGGGGGAAAGAACCCCUCAAUGGCCAGGUGCUCAUGGUGCUCAACAUGGACAACAACUUCUCAGCCACCUCCUUUGACAUGGAGCUUUGUGCAGAGAAACUGAAGUCCCUCGGGGUUCAGGUGGCAGGGGACCAGUGGAGAAGGUUAAUCCAGGAUGCUGUCCUGAAGCCUGAAGUCAGACGGUACAUGUUCUACAAUUCCAGGGCGUUCCAGAUCGCCUUCGCCGUGGUUUUCUACGUGUCUCUCUGGACAAACAUUUACUCCACUGUCCAGCUGUGUUCCCUCGGACGCUACUGGGAGGCCAGCGUGCUGGUGACCCUGGCUGCCGUGGCAGUCACCGUAGUGGUGAUACUGGUCAUCGACCGUCGCCAGAGGAAGAUCAAUGUGAAUACAGAUGUGAGGCUGGCAGCUGUCAAUGAAAUCUUUAUCAAACACAGUUUAAUUCUGGGGGUUACAGAUGUCCUGGAUGUGCCACACAACAUCCUGCAACUGUGGUUUGUGCACUUCAGCCCGGAGCGCUGCCUCCAGUCCCUGUCUGCCCACAUUGCAGACCUGCAGAGGACACGAGGGGCGGGCUUGCGGCGCAGCCUCGACCAGCUCUGCGUGGUCAUGGAGGCGGUGGUUCGCUCCGACCCGGGGACAGAGGAGGAGGCUCCGCACGAAGAGUCCCCUCUUUUACCCAGUGGGGUGAACCUAAAGAAAGAGCCUGUGACGUGCAAUGAGCUGCUCCGCCUCGUUCCCGAGGGCCCACCGGAGGUGAUGGCCCAGCAGCUCCUGGUGAUCUUCAGCGGAUGCUAUGUCCGGCUCCUGGUCACCGGCCGGCUCCCUGGGGGGGUGGCAGGGAGGCACCUGGAGCACGGCAGCGUGCCCUGUCUCUGCCAGUUCAUCGAGACCACCGAGCUCAACACACGCCAGAGCUGGUUCCCGGGCAGGUGA